AUGCACCUCGCUAGUACCAGUCCGCCGCUUUACCACUGCUCCUCGCUGCCGUUGCUUCGGCAGUCGCCAGAUCACAUACCACACCGCGCGCGCAUUAUCUUGUGUGCGACUGCGCUUCGAAAGGUCAUACCUUGACUCCGAAAGUUUUUUGAGAAAAAUUUGAUGGUUUUUUCACGUUCCUUAUUUCACAUGACACUGACUAUUUGAUGUUUUGAAACACAAAGCAUACUUGCAAAAAAAAAAUCUAAAUUGAGGCAUAUUUUUCAAGAAUCAAAGAUUCACAAAUCUCAAAAAUUGAAUCUUACCAUUAGGUUAGCUCUAUGAAAGUACGAUACGACAAGGUGAAAAUGAAUAACAAAAGAAAGAGUAGAAAAAACUAGAACAAAAACAUAUUUGCAACGAAGAAACGAAAAAGAAAAAAGUGGGAUGGAAGAAAGCGCGCCCCGUUGAGAAGUCUGGGGUCGAUUUACCGUGAGGCAAUCUGUACAAAUACCGGUGGCUAGCCGUCACACACAAGGACGGAUAUGUCACUCGAGCCAGUCCACUGAUAUCAGGAUAGGACCUCGGCUCAUCGACUUGGGGCGCCGACGCCGCUCAAGCGGUACGAAGGCGUAGGAAGAAGAAGAAGAAGAAGAUUCGUUUAAAAUGAUUUCAGGAAAUAGGCAGAAUUGCUAUUCCGAGAAUGCGCAGAAAAAAUGAGUUCCACAACGAGAUAACGUUAAAUAUAUGCAUUUUUACCGUAAUUUCUUCGCGGGAACUCAAAAUUUUGGAGUUAUUUGGGCAUUUUCUACUGAAAUUUCGAAUUCGCGCGUAAAACUCACCGUAAAAAUGCGUAUCCAACGAUAUAUCGUUGUAGGACUCACCUUCCCAGAAUACCAAUUCCGCCUAUUUCCCGAAAUCAUUUUAAACGAAUAACGCGUCUAUUUUGAAAUCGCCGAAAUUACUUUUAACACGGCAUUAGUAGGUGCCGUGUCGGAGUAGGUAGCUGUGACGUCACACUCCUUUUAUCCGAAGCGCGCACUUCCUUUUUUUUGUAAAAUCAGAAACUUUGACGCCUCGCUCACGUUCCCUCACCCCAUUAGGAAUGCCGUGGUAAAAAGAACGCCGUGGGAUCAGGCUCUAAAACUCCUAUAGCGACCGUCUAGAGUUUAUCACUAUGGGGGCAUUAAGUAUUGUAUAAAAAGGGACCCAGGAGGAAACGUGAGUUUCCUUUAUUCUAACAAAAUUCGUAUGCUUUCGAAAGCUUUCAAAGUUCUUCGAACUUUCGCUGGGGCGUCGACGCAGUUUUGUUCAGCCAAAGGUAUCCUGCUCUUAGUAAUUCCGGUGAGUUUCAGUGUGACACAUCGAAGUUUUUUCAGAGUACCGUCAGCGAAAAAUUUUCGAUGGCGGCUGCCGACCCAGCGUCUCUGCCCCGAGGCGAGCCUCUGUGCCCUCCGCAGCAGUCCUCUUGCGUCGACGCUCGUCCCAUACCUCUUGCCGGUUUUCGCUUUUUCGUUCUUUACUUUUUUUUUUCGUUUGGCUGUCGCAUCUAGCGGCCAAGUUCACAUUGGCUCUCUCAUGUUUUUCUCACUCUUUCUGUUUUUUCUUAGAUUAAAAGUUGAAAAAAGUUGGGGCCUUCUGUAGAGUUUAUAAUGAUACUAAUGAAAAAAAAAUUAAAAAAAAUAAUAAUCUAGCUUAAAAAAAAAAAAAAAGAAAAAUAGACGAUUUUUUUGUUUCUCAACGUCUCGGUUGCUAGUUGCCUUUACCGAAUAUUUUUUUAAUUUUUCAAUUCGUCUUGAUUUUUUUCAACCGGCGCAUUAGAAGAGUUUGGAUGCUAUUUUUGAAGCUGAUACAAUUUGGUACCCCUUUAAUAUCUGUCCCUUCUUGAAAGUUGAGAGUCUUGUGGAAAAAAGUAAGACUAAGUUUCCGUUCUUGCAGGUUCACUAGUGUCUUUUUUUACAAUUAUUAGGCUUCUAUCCUCAAGCAUUUCUAACCGUUUGGCCGUGCCACGCCAUGGCGUUUUCUUCUCGUUUCUUGGUUGACGAGUGCCGUGCGUGCGAGUGUGUUUGUGCCUCAGCGCAUUGA